AUGGAUCAGACCAAGUUCGAAGGCCAAUCAACGACGCAUCAAGACUACCGGGUGCCGCCAGUGGAAGAGCUCCAGGAGCUGAUCGCUGCCACAAGCUCCUCAAGAAGCGCAAGCGGCGAAAGAAAGCCUGCCUGCCGGUUUGAGGGCGAAUCAUCCAUGCGGGCGCACUACAGAGCACCUUCCCAUGAUGCAGUCAGAGGAGCUGCCACAGCCAGCGGUCAAAGAGAGAGAAGCCUGCCCACAGACCGAGUACCCAGCAGCAAGUUUGAGGGUGAAUCAAACGCACUCCGCGACUUCCAAGCACCUCUACCAGAACUGAGGUACCCACCUAGUGGCGGCACAAGUUACGGCAGCACACUCAAAGCGUUAAUGAAGGUUGUAAUCUUCAAACUCUUCCAAAGCGCAUCAAUGCUUUCACUGGACUUGUCGCCCGGGCAUGUCCAGCAGUCGCUAAGACUGACAGGUCCGUGGAUGCGGAUAGUGUAA